AUGUCAAGGAAUUCCUCCUGGGUGUGGAAAAAGAAGCUGCCGCGCGUUCUCGCCGCUGCAAGUCUUAUCGGUAGUUUUUUUGUCUUAUUCGCCCCGCGCAUCGAUUACACUAAACACCACUUUGAAUCUGAGAUUGUUGAAGUCGUUCCCGAAACGAAUAUUACCAUCACUGCUGAUGUCGGCUGCGACCCCGAUUUCGAGGUUUUGAAGCGUCUCCAUGUACAGAAACUCACCCAGUAUGUGCGCCGCGAGGUAGUGGCGGUCCGGUCCGCAAACGACGCACUCCCCUUGAGCCAAACUCUAGAUAUCCCCUUGUUUGAACAAGCGUCGUCGCAUCGCGACAAAGACCCAGCGGCGGCGCAGCAAUUGCAGAAUGACUGCUCCGUUCGAAAACCUGUUUCGCUACACGUUCCACGUCCUCCUCCGACCGUGGAUGCCUCACACUUCGACUUUGGGAUAGCCACCACCCUCAAUAGAUUGAACGAUUCGCUGGAUGCGUUUUCGCACUGGGCAGGUUACACACGGACGCGCAUUUUUGCCCUCAUCGAGCCGGAUGACCGGGUUCCCGAAGUAUUAGCGAAGGCGGAUUCGCUGGGGAUCAACCUGUAUGUGACCGAGUCGGAUGAGGAGUAUAACCGCCGGUACUUCUCCCUGGUCUCCCACUUAGCAGAGAACGCCCGCGAUGGGACCCGCUGGUCUUGCAUUAUGGACGACGACACUUUCUUCAUCUCCAUGGCGGCCCUGAUGGAUGCCUUUCAACAAUACGACGACACCAAGCCCAUGUAUGUCGGUGGCCUGUCAGAAAGUAUCGCGCAGAUCGGACUGUUUGGGUUGAUGGGUUUUGGAGGCGCUGGCGUCUUCCUCUCUCGCCCUCUUCUUGAUCAACUGAGUCAGCCCGAAAUCUUCAACGUUUGCCGUGACAUGGAUUUUACCGGCGACCGUAGGAUUUCCCUCUGCAUCUACCAAUACACGGACACCUACCUCACCAUCGACCACCGCCUCCGACAGCUAGACGUCCUCGGCGAUGUCACUGGAUUUUUUGAGGCUGCAAGACCCCCGCCUCUCUCCGUUCACCACUGGAAGUCGUGGUUCCAUGCUGAUAUGGCCAAGAUGAGCAAAGUGGGCGAAGUCUGCGGGGACACCUGCCUUCUCCGCAAAUGGCGAUUUACGGACGGCUGGAUCCUGACAAAUGGCUUCUCCAUCUCCAAAUACAGCAAGGCGAUUACCCCCAACGACAAGUCGAUGGAACUCACCUGGAUUGGCGACCACGGGGCCGCCAUGGAGGCAUUUAUGCAUGAGCUUGGCCCCCUGCGCCCCAAGGAUGAGGGCAAGAUCACAUACCUGAUGGAGGAUUCCGUCAUUGACGGGGACCAAGUUCGACAGUGGUACAUUCAUCGCGAUCCUGAGAACGGCGAUCAGGUCAUGGAAUUGGUCUGGCUAAUGCGAUAA